AUGCUGCCUGCGGGAGUAGACGAAGACUUUGGCAUAUCGUACGAAAAAAGCUCUUCCAAGUUUGAAUCAACACGAUUUAGGUCUUCACGCCGAUCGAAAAAAGUUUUCCAUGCGAGUUCCCCUAGGGAAAAAUUGCCUGCAGAUCCAUUGCCUUGUAAGCGUGUGUAGCAAGACAAGCACUUGUGUGUGGCAUCCUCACUCUGCGUCACAAGUUUACACUGAAGCAGUUUUUUCUUACGAUAGUAUAACACUCUCGACGCCACCCCCGUCGCGUCGAUUGAGAACAUUCGGUACGACAGCAGAACAGGGCAGAUCAUCGUGAAAACACCCUCCGACGAGAGGCAGGUUUCUGCAGCCGGGGGGACGAACAACACCAAUCUGGUUGCGCCCGCUUCGUCCUCGUCGAAAAUGGCGGAGGAUAUCGGGUUUUUUUCAUCCUACCACGACAGGGAUCCAGCAGGAGGCUCGAGAUCCGACGACCAUUUGGUUCCUGACAUUGCUGCCGCGCAGGCACGCCAGGCGCCAACGUCAACGAAGCCGAAGGAGCCCUUGGUAAGAAGCAAUGGAAUGUUUAUCACGCAAACAUGUUUAUCACGCAAACUGUGCGGUCAAGUUGCGAGUGCUAUGGGCAGUGUCGCGUACGCGACUGAUUUGUACAACAAUUUUAACUACGAGGAUAUGUUGGCAACUACAGACGCGGCCGCGCAGGAUAAGGAAAACAAUACGUCCUCCGCACAACAUACAACGAUCGACAGCCUCGCCAGCAUUGCCGUAGCCGCAGCGGCAAAAGCAAAAACUAGUGAGAAAAAUGGAAAGAACGACACGGCGGCCACGACCUCGAAAGUGUCAAUUUUCGACUCCACAAAAGCCCUCGCCCCCAACGUGGCUACGUCCAAAGCGGCAGCGCCGGCCAAGGCCCGGCAGCAAAAUUACCUGCAAAAGCUGACCUAUGCAAAGGAAAAGAGCAGCAGCUCCUGCGAGGUGGACAACAGCGCCGAACAAACGACGAAAGCGAGUGUAGCAGGGACUUGCGGCGGCGCCGUUUCAUCCUCGAGGCCCGUGACCAAAGCGUCGCCGCAGCCCGUGAGUAAGGCCGCGGCGUCCAUCUCGCACAGGAUACUGUCGGGCAGUAAUACAAACAGUAAAAGUGGGUCGUGUCUUAUGCAGUGCAAAAGUGUAAAAUCGCUAUCGCACACGCAGGCGCAGGCGCGCCAGGAUUUGAUGAAAAAGUACAUCGAGAGUUCAUUUGCAAUUAAUGCAAUUUGUUGGGUCGCUUGUAUAUGAUUCUAUUUCUAAUUCUACGUACUUUUACAUCAGUUGAAAAGAGUUCUGUCAUGUGAUACGACUUUUAGAAGAAGGAAGCGUGCGAUAGUACAACUUUUGCUCGGGAUGUUCCUGUUCAAUGAGUUGGGGAAGAAUUCCGGUGCUUCUACUUCAGUCCAGACGAUGGCCAAGAGCAAGUCGGCUAUGGCCACAUCUCGCUGUAUGCCUGGAGCUGGACAACCACAUGUCAGGUUUGACGACCUGCGUUUGAAAUCAAGCGGCUACGGGGGAGCAGCUGGGGCUUCUGCAGUAAGAAGUCUUCAAGCAGCUGCUUCAACGUCAACCCCUAGCGGCGCCUUCGGAUAUCAAAAUUCUCAAAAUAGCACGACGACGGCGAAUGGCGGCAUCACUGGUGUUCCCAACGUAAGGGCCGCAGGGGGUGUCGGGGCCAGCAACGUAAAUAUGCACCCGGGCACGUCGUGGGGUAGGACCGCAACGGCCGGCGCGACAAACCUAUUCACCAACCACCGCAACAAAGACUGUCCUUCUGCUUCGGCGAGGUCUGCAGCCGCGGCCCCGAGCGAGCAGUACCUCAUCGCGACGAAACAGCAACGGGCUACUUCAUCUUCUGCGGGCCAACACCAGCCGUCGAAGUUGCUCGUGCCGCUGGCGGCAGCGACUGCCGCACCCUCUCCGGUGCCGCGACUGCAACCGGGGCAAAAUCCUGUUGACACGCUGAAGCAGCAGUCCGCUGUAGUAUGUGGUGUAAAAACUCCUUCCCCAUCUUUUCUCCAGACCAGUUCAUCUGCAGGUGCUGGGUGGCAUUAUGGAAAUUUUCAUAUGGAAGUAUAGGGAGAUUGUGAUUUGGGGCAUCUAUACGCACGCUGCAAGUAAGAACAUGGUCGUAACUAGAUCAGCUAGCAUGAUCAUGCCCGUAGUACUACGAUUACGUUUCUUGUGUCGCUCGCUCAUCUUCCUGAAGCGUUAGCAUUGAAUGGAAAAUAGAAUGACUGCUCCAGCAUGUUGUGAGAUGAAAGCCCCAUAAUUUUGACAAACGAUGUCUGGGGAUUCGGAAUACCCACUUGCAUGACAACUCGGGGCGUGAAGAUGUGGAUGCGUUUUUACACAGCUGGAUAAAAUCCUCCUGCUCAGCAGCAGCCGCUUUUCACAAGUCAGCUGUGCACGACAGCAGGAGCUCAACACAUUACGACAAAACUGGUUGUACCCCACCGCGCAGCCGACUGCAUUCGCAAAGUGCAACCGCCCGUUCAGUCUGCAAGAGGAGGGGGCAGCACGACCGCAAAGACGAGAACGACAUUUGCUGGCCGUGAAGCAGAUCAAUACUUCCACUUCAGCAUCACCGCCCCCAACUGCAACCUUUCCUGUGACUCCCUGGAGCAGACCUACCUCCCCGUUUGGCUCGACUGGCUGACCAAGCACGCCAAGAAAGGUCCUGCCGCCGCAAGCCGUGGCGGGGGGCCGUUGAUCCUGGUUUGUGAGGAGCUAAAUUUGGAGAACAACCAGAUCGGCGACCAAGGGGUCCAGGCGCUCUGCCGCUGGCUGGGGAUCGGGCACGGCGUGAAGCAGCGGGCGAAGCUGAUUCGGUGCGGCAAGCUUUCGCUGAACAACAACUUGAUCGGCGAUUUCGGUGCAAACCUCGUCGGGAUUUACCUGCGGGAGCAAGCCGCGAUCAGUGCGACUGCAAGCAUGAAAACAUCUUCAAUAUCUUCCGGACUUACUAUCAAAAAUCCGUCUGGAGGUGCUUCGACGACAGCAUCGCAACUUUGUCGAGGUAACAACUCUUCCAAUUUCUCUUCGUUCUCUCUGUCCCCGCUCCCGUUGGUCCGCGAGGUCAACUUGUCGAACAACUUCAUCACACCCGAUGGGUGCGCCGCGAUCUUUGAGUGCCUCGCGGACAGCGCGGCGGCGUACCAAAACUUGCCGAAAAACAUGCCUCCGUUGGUCUUGCGACUGGAGCAGAACUUCAUCGGGCGGACGGAAGAAGAGGCAGUUACGUUUGUGCGGGACAUGGAGGCUUUCUUCUGCCUGCCCCGGGUAAAUCGCAACUGGGAUGCGAUGUUGGACAACAACGAAAUGGACGGCUCCGUGGAUGACGGCAGGCGGGGAGGAGAGGAGCGCUCCUACGCCAUACAAAUUGACCAUUCCCCCCGUACACGUACAAGAAUAAGAAAAUGAAUAUGCCAUGGCUCGGAACCUCCCAAUAGAAUAGCUCACCGGAAAAUUUUGGUUGAUUUCACUGGGGAAUGAUUUUCGUUUCCGGGCACCUGAGCGCGUCCACCGACGCCUCCACAUGAUCGCCGGGCAAUCGCUACGCCGCAGCACUGCGGUACUGGGAAAGACAAAGAAGUGAUAUUUCAGUGAAAUCUCACUUUUUCCAGAAUCUCACUUUUGGGCGCCCAAAAGUGAGAUUUCUCAAAAAGUGAGAUUUCAGUGAAAUCUCACUUUUUCCAGAGUCUCACUUUUGGGCGCCAAAAAGUGAAAUUUCUCAAAAAGUGAGACUUCAGUGAAAUCUCACCCAUUUCCCAGUGCGGUACUGGGAAAGGGGUGAGAUUUCAGUGAAAUCUCACUUUUUCCAGAAUCUCACUUUUGGGCGCCCAAAAGUGAGAUUUCUCGAAAAGUGAGAUUUCAGUGAAAUCUCACCCAUUUCCCAGUGCGGUACUGGGAAACGGGUGAGAUUUCACUGAAAUCUCACUUUUUCCAGAGUCUCACUUUUGGGCGCCCAAAGGUGAGAUUUCUCAAAAAGUGAGAUUUCAGUGAAAUCUCACCCAUUUCCCAGUGCGGUACUGGGCUCCAGUGGGGCACUGGAGCCCAGUCCCACACUGGGAAACACGUGAGAUUUCAGUGAAAUCUCACUUUUUCCAGAGUCUCACUUUUGGGCGCCCAAAAGUGAGAUUUCUCAAAAAGUGAGAUUUCAGUGAAAUCUCACCCAUUUCCCAGUGCGGUACUGGGCUCCAGUGCGGCACUGGAGCCCAGUAUCACUUUUUCCAGAAUCUCACUUUUGGGCUCGAAAGUGAGAUUUCUCAAAAAGUGAGAUUUCAGUGAAAUCUCACCCAUUACCCAGUGCGGCACUGGGAAACGGGUGUGAUUUCAGUGAAAUCUCACUUUUUCCAGAGUCUCACUUUUGGGCGCCCAAAAGUGAGAUUUCUCAAAAAGUGAGAUUUCACUGAAAUCUCACUUUUUCCAGAAUCUCACUUUUGGGCCCGAAAGUGAGAUUUCUCAAAAAGUGAGAUUUCAGUGAAAUCUCACCCAUUUCCCAGUGCGGCACUGGGAAACACGUGAGAUUUCAGUGAAAUCUCACUUUUUCCAGAAUCUCACUUUUGGGCGCCCAAAAGUGAGAUCUCUCGAAAAGUGAGAUUUCAGUGAAAUCUCACUUUUUCCAGAGUCUCACUUCUGGGCGCCCAAAAGUGAGAUUUCCCAAAAAGUGAGAUUUCAGUGAAAUCUCACCCAUUUCCCAGCGCGGCACUGGGAAACGGGUGAGAUUUCACUGAAGUCUCACUUUUUCCAGAAUCUCACUUUUGGCGCCCAAAAGUGAGAUUUCUCAAAAAGUGGGGGCAUUUUUAAGAGUGUGCAUGUAGUGCGUAGGCACAGGAAUUGUCCGCUUUGUAUUAUUGUUAUUGUAUAUGAGUCGUAGUGGUAUUGGUAGGAGAUCAUGGCCCGCGCAGCCUUUCACCUCUGUCGACCGCGCAGCAUUUCAUUUGUAUGGGGCAUUUAUGAAGCAGAGAGCGCCAAAUUGUGUAGGUGCUAAUGUGAAGUUUUGCCGUUUUCGCCUCCCAGUGUUUUGCAGAAAAAUUUUCCGGUGAAGAGGGGGGGGCUUUUCCGAUCCAUGGAAUAUGCAUACAGAAGUUUUGGCAACGUCAAGAAACUUGUUGGACUACUCGUGAUGCUGAAACAGGUUGGAGAAGAGUUUUGUCAUGCGCAACUGAGUGGAGCAUUUGGAUUUGUCCGUGUGCGGAAAAUUUACCGUGGAUACGACUGGUAGUGGCUCUGCUUCAUCCGGUUUUCUCCCUGCCGCGGACGAGGGCAGGGAUGAGAUGAUGAAAAGUGCAACUAGUAAUACCGACGCCGCGAAGGGCCAUCUUCAGCUUCUUGCGGAGAAGAGGUUAAAAGAAUUGGCAGACGAAGAGAGAAGUGCCAGAGCAGUAGACAAGGAAAAAGAGGACCCGCAGAGCACUGCUCUCGCGCUGGACAAGAACAAUCUUCAGCGUGAAGGUACAAGAACGACACAGAGGUCGUCCAAUAAAUCAAGUUCUGCUUCUGUUGAAGGUAGAGAAAACGUCGACGGCGAGCACGUCGACGAAGCCAAGGACGCACUGGAUCUCGAACUGGAGAGAACGAUUGCUGAAAACGCGAGCGCCGUGUCGUUUUUCGAAGACAUGGUAGAAAUUGACGAGGAGGAUGAGCAAAAUCAAUUCGAUGCUUCCCGCCCUGGCUUCUCUGCGGAAAAAGGACACGAGCCAGCGGAAUCGCCGACCGAAGAAAGAAAGACCACGAUCAUGGGAGUUCCUGGGAAUGACGUUUCCAGGAGUCGUGGUGCUCGUGGACCUGGACAACUGAAGAAAUUCGAAAGGGAUCUUCAUAUUACCCAAGACUCCUCCUCGAGGGCUCUGGACGUGUGUGAAAAUGCGGGGGAAUUUUUCUUGAACGAAGUAGAGGAUGGAGAUGGUGAAGAUGAUGAACAAGAUUGUUCUUCCCUUCGACCAGAAUCCUGCGGUCUGGAGGAAGAUGAAGAACAGGAACAAACCAUAACCAAGUCGACCGGCGAGCAGCAGGACCUUCGUGUCCAUCCCCGCCUGUUCCGCGUAUUUCCCGAUGAUGAGGAGCGGAAGCACGCUAUUGUGAGGAAAAAUCUCCCCUCCCCAUAUCAAGAAAGCGGAAAUCUGUGAUGCAGAUUUGUGGUCACAAAUCAGCUCUGUCUUGCAGAAACGAAGCGCAAGCGCAUGCUAGGCCUGUUUAGGUCCAUAGUAGAGGUCUGGCUCUUCAGCAUAAUAGAUGUUGCUGCUGUAGGCUAAAGCGCAUCAAAGAUGGCCUGCCCAGUGCGUCGCUUCGCUCUUGCUUCACCUUCCCAAGUAUGCAAUAGUGAUACAAACGCAUUUGCGUACACAAAUCAGCAAAACAAUUUUGCUUGUGGUGCGUUUAUUUUCGAUAUGGGGACGAGGGGGCUUUUUUCACUUUGAUACACGCCCUGUUCGAAUCUAGGUACAGCAACGACCUCGGGGAGAGGGCGGCCAAUUCCGCAACCCUGGCCCACCUGGUUGCCUUCCAAAACCAGAAGCUCGCCCACGAGGUCCACUGCGCCAGCGCGGCGGGGUCCGCGAAGUGGCAGGCCCCGCGACCGCUGCCCCCCUACUCCGCCCGGGACCGGAUUCUCCUGGUGGGUGAAGCCAAUUUCACGUUCGCCGGAGCCCUUUGCCGAUUUUUGGGGAAGAGGAAUUGCAGUGGGAUAACGGCGACGGGGUACACAGACUCGUUUACCUAUGGAACGGCCAACUUCAUCAGGGGGAAAAUGUGGAAAAUCAAAAUGUUGCUGUAGAAUAAAGAAGUAGUAAUGUUUCCAGAUGAAGACAAGAAGUUGACGCCGGUACAGGUUCUUCCAAGGCUUGACAUUUCUUCUAAGUGGUGCGUGGCAAUGCACGUAUCUUUCCACGCGGCUGCGUAGAGUCAUUUCGUCAUCCUGUUUCGGGAAAAUGGCGGCGCUUGUUUCAUGCUAUAAUUUUCAAACACUUUGUUCAUCCGUGAGUCCAACCUGGCGUUGUAUGAGCGGGCGCGCUUGCCUCUGCUUCCUGACAGGCAGUACGUAUCUGUGUCUCCCCGCUACUUAUUUGCACUCGGGGAUGCAUUUGAUGUUACGCGGCUUGGGUACUAUAUCUGGGCACUUCGUGCACCACAGUACUCACAUCGAGAUCGAUUCUCACUAAUACCAUUUCCCCCCUCCUGACACACCCAUACCCAAGACUACGAGAAACUCGGAGACCAGGGCUGCGUGCUCGGCGCGAAGGACAGAAAACGCCAGCGUACGGAAGAGAAGAAGACUCGGAAAAAUAAACUGAAGCAAGCGAAAAAAGCGAAAAUCUCACCGCAGACAAGAGCAGAGCCCGCACCCCCGCCGCAACAGAGUCCGGCGGUGGCGAUGUUGUUUUCCAAUCUGGUCGGGGCGACGAGGCCUUCCUCGGCCAAAAAUGGCACUGCUACUAGCGCCGGACAGCGGCCCGGUGCAGCUUCAAGUAGUACUAGAAGUGACCUGUUCUGGAAGGACCGGACGUUCGGACAGGCAGCAGGGGAGGAGGACGUCGAUGAUGACUCCGGGAGCAGCAGCGAUGGAGAACAGAAUUUCGAAGACAGUUUGACGUUGCGGAUGUCGGCGAAAAUUUGCGCGGACAUCGUCGAAAAAUACGGCGGCUACGUGGUGAAGGACCGGGCAAUUGACGCGACAAUGUUACAUUCUCUGGACCUGGUCAAGCAAAGUGAGGUGGAAGUAGCUCUUUCCAAAAGGAUGAACUUGAACACCACGAGAGCCUCUUUUUCCAGUCGUUCUGCGACAAUGAAAGCCCUCGAGAAGAACAUCACGUCCUUCACUUACGUGAUUUGGAAUUUUCUAUGAUAGUGGACAACUUACAACUAGUACUCCCCCUCGGCGUCCCUCAUUUGCGAUGCAAAAUGCUAUAAUUUUUUCGUGUGUGCUGUCUGUCUUUAGCAGAACGAUAUACUACUGCACAACAAGUCCCGGCGCAGCUUGAGGCUUGUGCUUGAGCAGCACUACAGCCCCGCCACCGCGGAUUUGCCAUGCAGAAGGAGCUCCUCUUGUUGCAUAUUUCAUUCACAUGGUUUCUGUUCCUAGAAGACAUGCGCGUCAAAUGAGGGGUGGAACUAAGGGGAGAAGUUCGAGUUGUCAACUCUCAUAUUUUCCGCACACGGGUGUGAAGCAAGGCGCUUACUUCGACGAGGUGACGGGACGAAGGCUCGCGAAGUUCGAUUGGUAUCAAAAGGACAAAUCGAUUCAGAGCAACCAAGCCGCCCUGUUUGACGUUUUCGCUUCGAUGACCAAGUGCUGCACGAUGACAAACAAACAACCUGCUCUGCCUUCUUCGUCCUCCAAAAACGUGCCCAUCUCCGACUUGAUCACCUCGCAAACCCGGGUGCACAUAACGCUGAAGACGACGGAACUGUACAAGCAGUGGCGGUUGGAAGACCUGGCGGCGACGCAGGGCUGGUACCUGAAGCGGCAGCUCCCUUUUGCGUACCACAUGUUUCUAUCAACUGUAAAAAUGUCUGGGUCUGGAAGAAUUCAUGUUUGUCAUGCUUGUCUGGCAUGACUCUUAAAUCUGUCAUGCACGUUACCCAAGAGCUGCGUUUUUCUGUGAUGCAGAAGCGCAGUUUGUCAUGCAGAAUAGAUAACACCUAGGAGCUCAGAAACUUGUCAUGCUGAGCCAGCAUUUGUAGCCUCAUCAUGAGACGCUACGCAGCAUCACAAGUUCCCAGACCCAGACAUUUUUACAUUUGAUAGUUCCAAGAAUUUGGGUACCAACACGAGGCGACCCGGUUUUCCGCGAAAAACCUUCAAGUGCCGCAUUUGGACGAGGCGGUGACGUUUGAAUUUGGGUUCCGACCCCACAUACACUUCCGCUGGCGCCAAACCCCGGAGGGACGGGAGGGGUGGGGGUUGAUGUAGUGGUGCGUCGGGAGAAGUAGCUAUCAACUCGUCCCGCACGGGCGGUGUGUUCUCAACGGUGCUGCUUAUUAAGUGGCUGUUAUGAAGAAGAAAAGAAUCUUUUCAAAAGAUAAAGAAGCUCAACAAGCACAAGCUGAAGCUUCCUCUUCACGAGGAAACGGAUAUUCGCAACUUUUUAGGAAGGUAGACAGUGGCGUCGCGAUCGCGACAUCAGUGGCGUGCUACUAUGAU